GCUUUCAUGCAGCGCUAUAAAGGCAAAUUUGACCACUGGGUUGGCCUCCGGAGGGACCCAGAAAUGGACCAGUGGCAGACCUGGAAAUGGACCAAUGGCACCAAAUUCAAUAACUGGUUUGUGAUCGGAGGAGAUGGCGACUGCGCGUAUCUGAACGAGAAGAAGGUCAGCAGCUUGUGGUGCUCUGGUUACUUGCCCUGGAUCUGCAGCAAACCCGAUGCAUUUACAGCAGCAAAGGAGACUCCAGCGGGAGGAGUGUCGUUAUCUGGGCGCUCUCCAGCUGUGCAGGGCCCCACAUGCCCGGACGGCCCCUCUCUCAGGCUGAGCUCUUGA